AUGAAGAUAAUAAAUUUUGUUAUAGGAGCUACCGUAUUAAUUGGGCUUAUUAUAAGCAGCAUUAUUACGCCAGGAACAAGCUAUAUCCUCAAUAACCCAGGAUACAAUGAACUUGAACAAGCAUAUAAUCCAGGAAUGGAAAUGGAAAUGGGAAGCGAAAAUAGUUUCUAUGUUGAAAAGGAAGAUUCAUAUAGUAUGCCAAAAGAAAGAUAUAGUAAACCAUAUACCAGAAUAACCCGAGAUAUAGCAGAGAGCAAUGAAACAAACAAUAGUAGUAUUCCCUCUAUUUUCGAAACUGACUACAAUUCAGCAUACAAUGAUAUACUGAAAUCGAUUACAGUGUCUGAGAACAACUCAGAUGGACUUAAAUUUUACAGUUUUAUGAUUUCUUCGCCUGAAUUUUCGCUGGAUUUUUAUAGAAGGAUGCUAGAGUUAAAGAUUGAUCCAGAUCUGAAUAAAAGAUUUGAAUAUACAACAGCAUAUAAUAAUACUACGAUAAAUAAUAUUGAAGCCCAGAUAAAGCAAGAAUAUGAAAUUUCUAAUACAUUUAGAUUAACAAUAGAAGAAAUAUUAGUGAAAAUAUGCACACAUAUAUCAAUGGGAGAUUACAAGAGCUUGUCUAGGAAUGACUAUGCUGAUGUAGUAAAGAAUAUAUAUUUGUAUAAAACCCAAGAAGCAAAAAAUGUUUUAUCUCAAGCAGACCAAUGGAAGACCGCACUACAAAAUAUUAAAAACUCUACUUUCAAAGAAAACCCAAUAUAUAUGUUUUCAAACAAGGAUCUUCAACUUGAUAUUAAAACAAGAUAUCCGGAUCUAAAGAGCAUUAUUAUAAACUCAAGCUUUGCGGAUAUGUCCAUAAAAAACACAUACAACCAAAUAAUAAAUGUAUACGAGCAUAUUAACCGCAUAGAAUACUUUAUGGAUCCUGCUAUUAUAGAUGUAUGUGGUUUAAAGGAAAAUAUUGAAAAAGUAAAAAAAAAUAGCUCUACUGUAAUGAAAGAUGUAAGCAAUCUUUUUAUUUCUGACGAAAAAAAUAAUGUUCAGGUAGAAAAUGCAAUACAGACAAUCAAAAAUGAUAUUAGUGCUUAUAUAGCUAAAAUGGAAAGUUUUAUUCAAUCUUUUAGCGAUAAAAACAAAGAAUUAUUUACAGAUUUUAAAAAAAAGAUAGAAAAUAGCAUUCUAGAUAAAAAAGACUAUGAAAGAUUCUUCAAAAUGCAAAUUAAGCAUUUAGAUUUUGAGUUAGAAUAUAUCAAUUCAACAAUCGGAAGAAUUAUCGAUAUUGAUGAUUUUGAUACACAUGAUUUACUGUCUAAAUUCUACAAUGAAAAUGAAGAUGAGAAGCUAGAAAAUUGCAGCCGCAUAGAUUUAAGUGAAGUUGGAAACAUUGAGCCAAUAAAAAUAGUGUAUACAUCACAAAAUUGUAGUAAUCCUCCUGAGCAAAGUCUGCAGGUUAGCACCAUAUCAGAAAUAAAUAGUACGACAGAGGAGACUCCGGAAGUUACUACACCUCAAACUAAUGCCUCAGAGGAAACUCCAGAAGUUACUACCCUCAAAGUUAAUGAUCUAGAGGAAAUUCCCGAAGUUACUACACCUCAAACUAAUGCUUCAGAGGAAACUCCCGAAGCUACUACUCUCAAAGUCAAUGAUUUAGAGGAAAUUCCCGAAGUUACUACUCUCAAAGUUAAUGAUUUAGAGGAGACUUCGGAAGUUACUACCCCUAAAACAAAUUAUAGCUCCACUUUAAAAAAAGUAUUAAACAGUGAUAUACCUGAUACUAAUUAUCCCAGCUCAAAUGAAGAUAGUGUAACAAGUAUCAUACCCAAAAAUAAUACUAAUCGCCCAGAAAAAGUACAACCAAGCACAUCUCAGGAUAUAUCUAGUACCACUUCAAAUCCAGUACCAUAUCCCAGUAGUACACCCAGUGCCCCUCAACAAAUGAAUUCUACAAAACCAAGCACAUCUGAUAUUAUAUUUAGCACCACUUCAAAUCCAGCACUUCCAAACAAAAAUGAAUUUAAUGCCUCUAAGCCCAUAGAAUCUGCUGAUAAAAUCUGUGCAAACUCUGCUAACCACCAAAAUAGCAAUAGUGCAGGCUCUUUGUUUUCUAACAUUGGGUCAAAAAUUCUGCUGGUUCCAAUACUAUCUAGCACUUAUGCGAGAUAUAUGCAAUCGCGUGUUUAA